AUGGCCGAAAAACCUCAGCUGGAGUUCAAGUGGGAUCAAAAGGACGUGAAAAAGAGAUGGGAAGCUUUCACGAAAUUCGGCUCAGCCACCGCCAUCGAAAUGACCGGUAAGAAUUUCGACAAAUGGUUAAAGGACGCUGGUGUGCUGGAUUCGAAAAACAUCACCACCACAAUGACUGGAAUAGCUUUCAGUAAAGUAGCAGGACCAAAGAAGAAGACGAACUUCGAGGAAACCAAAAAGGUCAUCAUUGGUGUGGCAGAAGAUCGGGCUCGACAAAGCAAAAAGACCGUGCAGGAAGAACUGGAUGCAAUCACCGAGAAGCUCGCCAACCUCGAAGCACCAACUCUGAACAGCGCCGCUAAGGCUGACGCUAACGGCGUUUACCAAAGACUUACCGAUCACACUAAGUAUACAGGGGCGCAUAAGGAACGAUUCGAUGCUGAAGGGAAAGGACGCGGAAAAGCUGGACGUGUCGACGAGGUGGACAAUACUGGAUAUGUGGGCGCAUACAAGAACAAGGACACUUACGAUAAAGUGCACGGAAAGCACUGA